AUGGCCACUCUAUCGCGCUGCAGUUGGCCAGACCCCAAAAAAGAUCCUUUGAUAUACAUCGCCAACCCCAUAGAGGCACGAAUGCCAGGCCACUGGGUACCAUUAAGUAUUAUGAAGGCGAUCAUGCAAAAACAAGUGCCAACUCCGCGGCCCAAGCCACCUUCAUCGCUAUCAACAUCUUUAGCAACCACAACAACUUCAAAACCUACGACGACAUUGUCAACAAUAUUUUCUACAGAACCUACUACGAAACCCACUCCAUGUCCUAUUGCGAAACCCACUACAGAACCUACUAUGAAACCCACUACAGAACCUACUACGAAACCCACUACAGAACCUACUACGAAACCCACUCUAUGUCCUAUUGCGAAACCCACUACAGUACCUACUACGAAACCCACUACAGAACCUACUACGAAACCCACUACAGAACCCACUACGAAACCCACUACAGAACCUACUACGAAACCCACUACAGAACCUACUACGAAACCCACUACUGUAUGUCCUAUUGCGAAACCCACUACAGUACCUACUACGAAACCCACUACAGAACCUACUACGAAACCCACUACAGAACCUACUACGAAACCCACUACAGAACCUACUACGAAACCAACUACAGAACCUACUACGAAACCCACUACAGAACCUACUACGAAACCAACUACAGAACCUACUACGAAACUCACUACAGAACCUACUACGAAACCCACUACAGAACCUACUACACCCACUACUGUAUGUCCUAUUGCGAAACCCACAACAGAACCUACUACGAAACCCACUACAGAACCUACUACGGAACCCACUACAGAACCUACUACGGAACCCACUACAGAACCUACUACGGAACCCACUACAGAACCUACUACUGAGGACGAAACACAUGAUGGCCAAGGAGAUAGCAAUCAAUAA